AUGGACCCUAGAAGAGCACAUGGACAAGACCGAAGAAAGAGACCCCAAAGGUAUCAUGAAAUUGAUGCAGAAGCUCAUAUACAAGAUAUAUGAGAUGUAGUUGAUUCUAGCAGUAUUUCUGCUGGUCGUUCCCAACCGACUGAUCAUAUGGACUCUACGAGCCAAACAUUUUCAGGCCGAUCACAACGACAGAAUGAAAUAGAUCCUACUGAUUUUUUGGGAGAGUUUUAA